UAAAAACCGACCCGAUCCGAUAGAGUGACGGCCGCGUGGCCGCUCUGCCCCCUUAUCCCCUGCCUCGUCGUAUCUCCAUAGUUCGCUCCGUCCUCUCCCCCUUCUCGCCAGUAGCCUCCGAUGGCUCUUCGAUCCCUGUCUUUCUCCCAGUUCGUCCAUCCAAGCCUCAGAGCUCCUGGUCUCUCGCCAUCGCGAACCCUUUGCGUCAGAAUACCAGAAAAUGUCCAUAAUGGAAAUAUGUACACGCAUUUGUCCUCAUGGAGCUCAUCUUUUACCUAUUCAAUUUUAAAGGAGGGAACAACUGCAUUCUUUUGCAAGAACUUGGGCAAUAAUAAACACUUCAAGAGAAGAAAAGGAAUCAUCAAGUGUGCAACCAUUGAAGAAAUCGAGGCUGAGAAAUUGGUGAUUGAGAAGGAUGCUAGAGAUAGGAUGGAGAGGACUAUUGAAACUGUCCGGACAAGUUUUAAUGCAGUGAGAACAGGAAGAGCAAAUCCUUCCAUGCUUGACCGUGUUGAGGUUGAGUACUAUGGAACUCCUGUCAGCUUGAAGAGCAUUGCACAAAUCAGUACACCAGAUGGAAGCACUCUUCUUGUGCAGCCGUAUGACAAAUCUAGCUUAAAAACUAUUGAGAAGGCAAUAGUAAGUUCUGACAUCGGUUUAACACCAAACAAUGACGGAGAGGUGAUACGACUAAGCAUCCCUCAAUUGACAUCUGAGCGAAGAAAGGAGUUAUCCAAAGUUGUUGCAAAACUCACCGAGGAAGGAAAGGUUGCAAUAAGAAAUAUACGAAGAGAUGCAAAUAAAGCCUAUGAGAAACUUGAGAAAGAGAAGAAACUUUCAGAAGAUAAUGUUAAAGAUCUGUCAAGUGAUCUUCAAAAACUGACUGAUGACUACAUGAAGAAGGUUGACGCCAUUCAAAAACAGAAGGAAAAGGUAAAAUCCCAGGAAAAUACAUACUUUUCUUCAUAUAUCCACUAGUAACACAACAUUUUAUAUCUAUUCAUAAAUACCAUUGUUCUAUCUACUUUGCUAGUUUGACCAUUUAAUCACCUACCAAUGAUUAAGGGAUUGUACAUUGGAUUCAUGUGUUUCUAUCUCUUGGUAACAUACCAGCCUGUGGUCUCUUUUGCCUCAUAUGCCCCCCACUUAUAAGCUGUCUUUUUCACUAGACAUUUGUUUGGUAUCUCAGGUUCAAAAGAACCAAAAUGCUGUCUCACAAAAAUGAUGCUUACUAAAAUCAUCUCCAUCUUAGUUUCAAAGUUUUUGACUUUUACUUCAUCUCAAACUUUUGGGUUAUAUUAGUCUGUCUGAAUAAAAUUUGGGAUGUGUGUUUCUCAUAAGAGACAGCGCUAGUGGAGCAAAGUUGCACUGAGUAGUACUACAAGUGGUCAGUUUACUAAUUGUUCAAUUUACGGAAACCUCACUUAUCUAAUCUAUCAAAUCUAAUGUUGGUUAUGAGACUUUAAGGAGAAUAUCAGAUGAUUUUCAAGUUUAGAACAUGUGGAAGCAUUAAUAAAUUUGUACAUUUCAAAGUUUGUGCUUCCGGUUGAUUUCCAUGUCACACCAAUGAUUGCAACCUUGCUACCAGUUCUACCCUAGUUUUCUCUACUCAAGUAAAAUUUUGUUCUUGUUAAGAAUUAAGAUGAUAUUAAGGUUGUAACUAAAGUUGAAACUUGGUGCAUUCCAGACAACUCAUUUUGUUGUAGUUUAUAUUAUCUGAGCCUACUAUAUAUGGAAUUUCUAUCUGCUUUUUCUUCGAUGAUGUCCUAUAAUAUUGUCUAUCAUCUUACAGGAACUGUUAACAGUAUAGCACCGCGCCUUACAAACCAUGUGCAUCCAUUAACUUCUUUUGCUGGCAAUUGAUACUAGGACUUGAAGACCUACACUGCAUUUGCUGAAGGUUUCUACGGCGUAUAAUAGUGAAUUGUCUCUCUUGAGGUCUCACCUUGUUGAUAAAGCGCAUGGUCAGAAUGCAAGCAACAAAGAAGUCCGUAAUUUUGUCUUCCUACCGGAUUUUAUUUUGCGUUUUUUGGUAGACAUUUUUUUACUGUUGCUUGUUUCGAUAAAAGAUUCAAUGUGAUCCAUUAUGAACUCAGAAGGUCAGAGUGUAAGUCGAUGAAAUGGUCUUUUUAGAAUGCAAGAGCAAAUUCAACAUUUUUAGAAGGAUAA